AUGGACUCGCCAGGCGGCUACCCGGAGUCGCUGCUUGAUCAGGACGGCGACCAAGACGAUGUUGUAUACCCGUGUAAGGGGUGUGGAGAGAUCCUGGAGGAAGGCAAAGCUUUCGAGCUCGCGGGCAACCGAUGGCACAUUGACUGCUUUCGUUGCAACACUUGCGGCACACUUCUCGACUCGGACGCCAAUCUGCUGCUUCUGGGAGACGGAUCCCUGAUCUGUAAUAACUGCACGUAUAGCUGCAAUCACUGCGGCAAUAAGAUUGAGGACCUAGCUAUCUUGACCGGUGACCAGGCCUUCUGUGCGAAUUGUUUCAGAUGCAGAAAUUGCAAACGAAAGAUUGAGAACCUGCGCUAUGCACGCACAUCGCAGGGAAUCUUCUGCAUGUCAUGUCAUGAAUCGCUAAUGGCUCGACGUCGAAAGAAAUCCAAAAAGCCUCCCGCACCAGCAGCGCCCAAAGUCGACAAAUCCCUUCCGGCACUCCCACCGCAGUUCGAAGAGCAGCAGUCACAGCGCAGCGUGUUGACACCGGACGCUGAAACGCCUUCUGAUGUCUUCUCUGAACCCACAACCGCGGAUGCUUCUCCCAGACCUCCCCAGCCCAGAAGGGGCGACUCAUCCUCCAACUUCAGGCGCGAUGCAUCCCCUGCAGCGGGCGACUCCGCGCGAAGAGACAACAUACUUCUCCCGGCCACGACAUACAACAAGGAGCAUAAACACUCAGAGUCCGACGCCGGCGACGACGGUAUCCUGCUUCCCUUCGCCCUCGACCCCAACCCCGCGCCCGGGCCUUCGCCCCUAAGUCGCGCGAGUAGGCAGUUCCCGGACCGAACAAUGGGCUCUGGGUCAGCAUCGGGUGACGGAAAGAACAGCCGCGACUACUUCAACCGACCCACGGCUGACCCCCGCGAUAAGCUGAAGGAGAACAACUCAAGGUCUGGAUCCGCUGAGCGACCUACGCCAGCCAGCCCGCACAUUGCGUUCCAGGAGAAGGGGAGACAGCCUUCUGACCACAUAGUCAAUACACUGAGGAAGCAGCGGGACACGUCCAGUGAAUCGCCGUCGAUCAACGAGAGGUCUCGCAGCCAGCAUGCUUCUCCUGCUCCCUCUUCGGCAACGGAUGCCUUCCAACUGCAAGAGGUGCCCAAGAACAGGAAGGCGGACGCCAGACGCAAGGACUCAGAGAGCAGCGAUUCUCCUCUGCGACACGGUUCGCCUGGCGUUGAGAUGUCCUCGAGACUCAGCAGGCCUAUGAUCGAACCUACGUUUACGUCAUCGCCGCCGAUUGGCACCCAGGAUUCGCCUGGAACGGCAUCGGGAUCAUCAUUUAGCUCAACUCAGCGCGUGGAGCGCCCGGCUCGUGGGGACUCACUGAGGCCCUCUGGCUCCACUCAACUUGGUGAUAGGCCUAGCCCUUCGCCAACCACACCCACCGUUGAGCACCCACAGCGAACUUCUUCAACUCAUGGCGCUCCCGCUCAUGUCAGUGCGGGUCUUGGUAUCAACACCCCUUUGGAAUCCUCAAGAGGCUUCUCUGACGUGCCUGUACCCCCGGCCCGUUCCGCCGACAGACGACCACCACCAUCUUCAGACACAUUCACAUCUCCCCGUGCCCCGCCUCAACCACCAAGCACACACAAGACCAGUGAGUCUGUAAGCAGCCUACCUAAUGAGAGUUUGCGAGAUGUGUAUGCGCCAGGUGGUGGCCUGCCCCGUUACAGUGCGCAGGGCGACUUCUCCAUGGACGAGGACUUUGCGCGUCUUCUGGGAAGCCACGACAAGGACGAGAAGGAUGGUGGUGUCUUCCGUCGCCGCGGCUCUGUUACUUCGAGGGGAGGUCACAAGAAAUGGCCUACAAAUGGAUCCAUCGAUAUUAGCAGUCCCACGAUUGCCUCGCCAGACUCGAAAGAGGAGAGUGUCAAUCUUCGCAAUGAGUUGCGCCGCGCCCAGCAACGCAUCGCAGAGCUCGAAGCUGAGAAGAACGGCUUGCAGGAGUCCAUGCACAGCGCAGCAGACAUCAAGCAAGCGAACACUGUCCUUCGCGAAAAGCGGAACACAAUGGCUGUGCUCGACACGCAACGCGAGAUGGUCAUUCGCGAGCUCGAGAUCAUGACUGAGCAUCUCAAGCACGCCAAAGAGAGCAACGGAUCUAUGGACAUCAACCAACUCAAGUCAGACAUUCUCAAGGACUUCGCCAAUUCUCUGCACAAACUCAAGGAUCAGCUCGGUGGGCAAAUCGAGGAUUUGAUCUCUAAAAGGGCUGAGCUCACAGACGAAAUCUCAAACUUGAUCCAGAUGAAGGAUAAGGGUUUCCAGGAAUACGAGUCCCUCACAGCUCAAAAUGCCAAGCUCUCUGCUAUGAAUAGGGAGCUUGUUGAGAACAUCCAGAAGACGAUGAAUAACAAGAAGGGCGGACCACCCUUUGAUGCCGCAGGGAAUGGGCUUGGGAUCUAUAACACCCAACACAAGGGCGGCAAAUCGGAGCUUUCCCUCGACGCCCAUAAUCUGCCGCACGAGCCAUCGUUCCCACACAUCCACGAUGGAGACAGCGAAGCAACCCUUGCGCAACCCCAGGUCGUUAACAUUCGCAAGACUGGUAAAGCCACCAAAUUCUCUAAGUUCAAGAAGGGUGGCCAGGCUUUCACCACCAACGUUACCAAGGGUUUCAAGGGUGCAUUUGGCUCCGAACAGAAACAAGAGGACUACAAUAACAUCAAAGUCAUUGGAACGCCUUAUGGAUCCGUUCACCAGCAGCCGGAUAUCGCCUCAAUGUCUAGCUCACUCAAAAGCAAAGAGGAGCAAACACCGAAGGGUUGGUUCGGUGGCGGCAGUGCGAAGGGUGGCGCGAACAAGCAGCCAAACGAUCGCUUCAAGCCCAUGCAGAUGAACAACAGCAGCACAAACCUGGCUGCGGAUGCCAGCACCGUUCUGUUCGGUUCCGACUUGUCCGCCCGUUGCGAGUUCGAAAAGAGAAUGAUUCCUGGAGUCGUCAGCCGUUGCAUUGAAGAGGUGGAGCUACGCGGAAUGGAUGUUGAGGGUGUGUACCGCAAGAGUGGAGGCAGCUCGCAGGUCAACCAGGUUCGCAGCGGCUUUGAGUCGGAGGCCGAUUACGACAUCUCUGACCCAGAUCUCGACAUCCACUCCGUCACGUCAGCUUUGAAGAACUACUUCCGCCGACUGCCGGUACCAUUGAUCACGUUCGAUGUGUAUGAUCAGUUUUUGGAAGCUGGUCAACUCGAAGAUCCCGAAGCACAAUCCAAAGCCCUUGCGCUCGCUAUCAAUGAGAUACCAAAGGCGCAUCGUGACACUCUGCAGUUCCUCGUCUUCCAUUUGUCGCGAGUCAUUCAGCAUCAGGAUGAUAACCUAAUGACACCACUAAACCUUGCUGUCGUCUUUGCACCCACGAUCAUGCGACCCAUGGAUAUUCAGCGAGAGUUGAGUGAUGUUCAGCAGCAGCGCGUCGCAGUGCAAGCGCUACUGGAAAAUUACAAGACUGUGUUCGGUGAAGAUCGCGCUCCUGCCGUGCCCCAGGUUGAGCACACCGAGGACUCUGUUUCCUCUCUCGUCGACGUCGACAGCCCGCACAUCUCCUCCGUCCCCUCCGACUACGAGUCGCAAUCUGUAAAGACCGACACCCAGGCCGCCCGCAAAGAGCGCGAGGAGGAGAUCAAGGAUGCCGCCAAGGAGAUUCGCGACAACGCCGCCGCCAAGAAGGAAAAGGCUAAGGACAAGGCGAGGAAAAACGCUGACAACCCGGUUGUUUUGAGCAACACGGUCGGUCUCGCUGUUCUUGGUGCGGCUUUGAGCUUCGGCGCGUACAGGAAGUACAGCCGCGGCGAGCUGACUGGCAAGGUUGUUGCGGCCUGGGCUGGUAUCGUUGGGUUGUUUGGUAUCGGUGACUACUAUGUCAGCCAAUACUUCUUCAAGCGCUACCCUCCCAAGAACUAG